AUUGAUUUCCUCUUCACUCCGAUAUCAACUAUUAACACAACCACUAAACAUUAAGAUUGAUUUCCUCUUCACUCCGAUAUCAACUAUUAACAUAACCACUAAACACUAAGCCAUGGACAGAACGGAUGAUGAGUGUGAUGAUUAUGUUUCCCCGGAAACUAUGGAGGACAUCCUGGCAAUCAAAAUGGAUAUGUUUCGGGAAACGAUGUACGAGGACAUAAGACAUUUGAUAAGGGAUGAAAUGAGAAACUACGAGGAAACUACCGAAAAACUGAUUGAAACCGUAAAAACAGACCUAAAGGAGGAAGUCAACAAAGCUUCGUCAACGCAAACGACGGAAGUAGCAAGAGCAGUCAAAGAAACCAUUAAAAAUGGUUCCUUCCAUUUCUUAUCUGGUGAUGACAUACCUCCCACUAUCGAAUUACUGCACGCUCUCGACACCAGCCAACCUCAGCUGAUCCCGUUUCAACAGGUGGUUGACGUACAUGUCACCCAUUUGGAAGACAAAAACACUCAAGAACAACCUGGCGUUUCGCAAGAUACAAGGAUUUUCAACGUUCCAUCAACAUCAACGGCAAUUAACGUCCACGUGCAGGACAGUGACAGCGAUGUGUGUCUUGACAAAAGUAAACGCCUUAAGACUACGCAUGCUAGAAAACGAUAUAGCUGGAACGAGAACCGAGACGGGGAAAACUUCAUAAACGAAAUGAUGGAAGGAAAAGGGAACUCGCGAUCCAGAUCGCUGAAGCUGUCAAUCUUUCAAAAAGGAGUGGACAAAAAGUUGUGGGAUAACAGCGUGCUCGCGAUGAACCGAGUGUUCACAAAGAUAGACACAAUAGCAAAAAAAGACCACUAGUUUCAGUGUUAGUAGGAUCAAUCUUUGACAGACAUACCUUUGAACUGGAUUUUAUACUAAGCUUUCGAACUUAUCUGUACAAACAUAAUACAAUUUAAGGUAUCAAUAUAAUAAGGUAAGCAAAUAUCACAGUUAAUAGAACUUAAAAUUUAGCAUAUCGUAAAACUUAAAUAGUGAGUACUUGUAUAUCACACAAGUGUAACUAAUUAACAUGGUUAAAUCACUAUUAUAGUGGAAUAUACACACAAUGCUAAUAUAGCACAUGGUAAAAAUUGACAAGAUAUACACUAGUAUAGUGUGUAUUAAAAUGAGACAAUUUAGUCAGUUUUAUUAAAGUUUUGAUUGAAAAUUUUCGACCAUAAUUACAUAUAGAAUAUAAAAUACUGGUGUAUAUCUGGUAAGGUGAAGAUUGAGAGAAAUAAUCCUGCAGAUAUCUGCUUUUAAAAACUAUAACACUACUAGAGUCUCUUAUGGCAUUGCUUGCUUCGUUCCACUGGACUGAACAAGUACAUACGAAGGAACGUUUGGCAUACUUUGUUUUUGUUGUUGGAAUAUAUAAUUUGUUGGAAACAGAAGCUCUGGUUGCUCUUAAAUUAACAUUACUUACAUAGCAAAACAUAUUUGUAAGAGUAUUAGAUGAUUCACAGUGUAAAAAUUUAAAACAGAGAACCAUUUUUCUAAAAAUUUGAAAGUCUGAUAAUGGCAUCCAUUUUAAUUUUCCAAAGAGUAUUCUGGAAGGAGUAAGGACAUCUCUGACAUUCAACAAUAUUAUUGCAACUCUUUUCUGUAAUUUCAAAAUCUUUGUUUUAUUCUUAUUUAAUCUUUGACAAAAACAUUUGAGCUGUAAUUUUGUACUGCACAU